AUGAAUCCAAACUUCCAGGGCGCCCCGGAUCGGGAUGAUAUCAGGCUGCUGGAUCAGUUGCGGAGCCAGUUGAUGCCGAUGAUUAAGACGAUGGAUCGGUUGCAGGGCGAAAUGCAGUUUAAGAUGAGUCGGGGGGAGGCUGUGGAUUGGCCGCAAAUCCAGCGCGCGACAACCAUGGUGACAAACUACAUUACCUCGAUCCAUGUGCUGAUCAACGGGGGGUUCCGGCACCAGAACAAGCUGGUGACGCAGAAACAGCGGAUUCCAUCCAAGGACGCAGCCGGAAAUAGCAUUCGCGACGUGGGCGGCAACGACGUGUUUGUCGAGCGCGACGUCAGACGCCGUCUGAUUGCCACGCAGCCGCUGCCCACAAACUCGGAUAAGCUGCUGGCCCUCCACCCGUUCCCGAACCCCACGUUCCCCAUGAAUGCGGGCGGCGGCAUGGCAGCGGGCAUGGCGGGCACGCUGCUGCGCAAGAGGCUGGAGCCCAUGGAGGAGGCGUGGGUAGAAGACAAGAUGCGCAAGGCGGGCGAAUGGCUGUACAUCCCCGAGGAAUGGGGUAUUGACAUGAAGAAAGCCGAAAACGGCAAAGAUACCAAAGCCAACAUUGGUGGAAAAGAAGCAGAAGAAGAAGCCGAAAACGGCGACAAAGAAAACGAAGACGACGACAACGACAACGACAACGAUGAUGAUGAUGAUGCCCAAGUCCCGGAAUCCGAGCGCCUAGACUCGGAAGCCAUACCCACCAAACGCGUCAAAAACGUGCUUUCAGCCGACGCUAUCAAGGACCUGUGGCAGCACGCCCACCAAGAAGUCUUCGACAUCAAGUACCUGCGCCGCACGUAUCCCGGCAGCUAUCCCGCCGAAGACGCGCACGACGCCAACGAAGGGGAUGAAGACGAAGGAGAGGACGAAGACGAGGAGCAAGGCGAUGACGAAGAUGAAGAUGACGACGACGACGACGACGAAUUCGAGGAUGCAAUGGAUACGUCUGGGGGCCGGCAUGGCAGCGGCGCAAACGCUGAUGCCGCCAAGCCCGUGGUAAUGAUGAAGAAGAAAAAAGCCGUCGUGGGCAAAUUGCAGACCCACCAGCCCGUGCUGGGCGUGCCUGUUCUUGCGCUGGGCGUCGUGCACAAGUUUAUGGAGACGGGAGAGGUCUAGGUAUAUAAAAGGAAAGGAAAAGCAGGGCCGAGCGCGCGAUACAACGUGUGAAAUCUUGCAAGUAUGUAGG